UCGCAGCGAGCGGACUACAGCUCCUGGCCUACUAGCUGCGUGGUCAUGAUGGUAGCAGCGGCCGCCGAGCGGAACAAGGAACCUAUCUUGCGUGUGCUGCGACAGUACAUGGACCCAGCCCAGCGCGGCGUCCGCGUACUUGAAGUGGCCUCCGGCUCCGGCCAGCACGCGGCCCACUUCGCUCGGGCCUUCCCCUAUGCUGAGUGGCAGCCGUCCGACGUGGACCAGCGCUGCCUGGAAAGCAUCUCGGCCACCACUCAAGCCCAGGGGCUGUCCAACGUGAAGGCCCCGCUGUACCUGGACGUGACCUGGGAUUGGGAGCACUGGGGCGGGAUCCUGCCGCAGUCGCUGGAUCUGCUGCUCUGCAUUAACAUGAUCCACAUCAGCCCCCUGAACUGCACCAAGGGGCUCUUCAGAGCAGCAGGACGCCUGCUCAAACCCAAGGCGCUGCUCAUCACCUAUGGGCCCUAUGCUGUCAACGGGAAGAUCUCUCCACAGAGUAACGUGGACUUUGACCUCACCCUCAGAAGCAGGAACCCAGAGUGGGGACUUCGGGAUACAGCCUUCUUGGAGGACCUGGGCUGUGCCAGUGGCCUGCUCCUGGAGAAGAUGGUGGAUAUGCCAGCCAACAACAAGUGCUUGAUUUUUCGGAAAGAAUAACCCCUCCUUCUCUCGCAUGCCUGUGUCCCCAGUGGGCCUCUUCUGGGACAGACCCAGACAGCCAGCCCCUGCCUCCCCAGACCAGGUCAUGGGGACUAACCCUGCCCAUUUGGGGGCUCUUGAUCAGUGUCCACAGGGCUGCUGAGAGCCUGGGAAUAAAGUCCUUCCUGCUGUCC